AUGAGUCAUGACUCAUGACAGCUGGGUUAGAGAAGGGUGAGUAACAUACUUCGUGUCAAGGUUACAAAUGCCAAACGCAUGACAGCGGGGGGGACUUAUCUGCUGCGUCACGCGCCUAGCUGGAUGAAGAUAUUUUCCAAGAUCAAUUCAACCUCAACCGUUAGAUCACUCGUUCCUUGAUGCGCUUCAUGUUUCUACUAAUAUAGUAUUGCCCAUUGCACUGUUAGGGUUCAAACUACCAGAAAGAAACAGAUUCGUAUCUUUUUCCCUCUUCCCAUUGCACUGCACAUUCUGGUUUUCUUCUCAUUAUUCUCAUUUAAAUAAUUAAUAAUAAUCAUCAUCAUCUCCUUGGUGACUCACAGUUUCAUACUCAUGUGUGAAGAUUCAACGAUGGUUUCUUCUCCCGUUGAUGUUUUGAAGUCUAAUUCAAAAUCCGACGGAAAGAAGUACAUAACAUCCGAGGAGUUAAAGAAGCACAACAAGCCUAACGACUUGUGGAUCUCGAUACAGGGAAAAGUUUACAAUGUUACAGAGUGGGCUAAAAUACACCCGGGUGGCGAAAUCCCGCUCAUGAAUCUUGCUGGUCAGGAUGUAACCGAUGCAUUUAUCGCGUUCCAUCCCGGCUCAGCAUGGGAACACCUUACCAAACUCUUCACCGGUUAUCACUUGAAAGAUUACCAAGUCUCUGCAGUGUCGAAAGAUUACCGAAAACUCGCUUCCGAAUUUGCAAAAGCCGGGAUGUUUGAAAAGAAGGGGCACGGUGUGAUUUACUCCCUUUGUUUCGUGUCUCUGCUUCUUUCCGGUUGUGUGUACGGGGUGUUGUUUUCUAGUAGCUUCUGGGUGCAUAUGUUGGCCGGAGCGUUAUUGGGUUUAGCCUGGAUCCAAAUCGCGUAUUUGGGUCAUGACGCGGGUCAUUAUCAAAUGAUGUCGACGCGUGGGUGGAAUAAAUUCGCGGGGAUUUUUAUCGGGAAUUGUAUAACGGGGAUAAGCAUCGCGUGGUGGAAAUGGACACAUAACGCACAUCACAUCGCGUGUAACAGCCUCGAUUACGAUCCCGACCUUCAACACCUGCCAAUGUUAGCCGUUUCUUCUAGACUGUUCAACUCAUUGACAUCCGUGUUCUACGGGAGACAAUUGACUUUCGACCGGUUGGCUCGUUUUUUCGUGAGCUACCAACACUACUCAUACUACCCGAUCAUGUGUGUCGCGAGGGUCAACCUUUACCUACAAACGUUACUAUUACUACUCUCGAAAAGAAAGGUUCCUGACAAGGGGUUAAACAUUAUCGGGACCCUCGUUUUCUGGACAUGGUUUCCGCUUCUCGUGUCUUGCCUACCGAACUGGCCCGAACGAGUCGCAUUCGUCUUGGUUAGCUUCUGUGUGACCGGGAUCCAACAUGUUCAGUUCACAUUGAACCACUUUGCGGCCAAUGUUUACGUGGGCCCACCAACGGGAAACGACUGGUUCGAGAAGCAAACCAAUGGGACGAUCGACAUCGCGUGCUCGUCUUACAUGGAUUGGUUCUUCGGUGGUCUACAGUUCCAGCUCGAGCACCAUUUGUUUCCGAGGUUGCCUCGGUGCCAUUUAAGGUCCAUAGCUCCUAUCGUUAGAGAACUUUGCAAGAAGCAUAACUUGCCGUACACCAGCGUAUCGUUCUUUGAUGCCAAUAUAAUGACGCUUAAAACGCUUAGAACCGCUGCUCUACAGGCUCGUGAUCUGACGAACCCAGCUCCACAGAACUUGUUAUGGGAAGCUUUCAACACCCAUGGUUGAAGCUUCUAUCAUCGUACUCAUCUCGGCUACUUUGUGUAAAAGGCUUUGAGCAUUUUUCUGGGCUUUUAUGUAUCUUAAAACUAAAUAUGGACUAUGAUUAUUUAUAUAUUUUGGAUUAUUAAUGGUUAGUUUUCAUUUCUUUUACCGUUA